AUGACUGUCAAGGCAUUAAGACAAAUAGCCAAGGGCCAGAAUGGCCUUGGCGCAUUUAUCCUGCAGUGCAAGAAGUUGGACUUUUACUACUGUGACUGGGCUGGCAGCUCCAAGGGCAUGAACGGCUUCAUCAAGUCUCUUCUUCCCAAGUUCGCCGCUGCCAACCCUCAAGUCGAAUUCGCCAUCUCGCCCCGACCCGGCAAGCACCCCGUCAUCAUCGGCCACUACAUCAACGGUCUACACAAGCCCAUCUGUGUGCGAAACCUAUCACCAUACGAAAUUCUCAAAAAGGCCGAGUUGUUGCGGGAUGCCAGCGGAGAAAAGCUCAAGAAACACAACCAGGCUGUUACCAGCACCAGGCCAAGCGUGCGUGGUGUCUGGUCUCCAUACCACGGCAAGGGAACGCCUGUUUAA